AUGGCGUCAACUGGUCCCUUUUCGGUGCAAUGCCGCGAUCGAGUCCCUUUUGCCAGCACCUUCUGGUUCAAUUUCGAAACCUCGGUGGCCAUAUUUGUCAUCAGCGCGUUCGCAAUUCCAGGUGUUCUUGUUCUCAGCAACCUCAUCAACUCUUCUCCAAACGACCGAUCUUCAUCAGCACCAACAUGCAAUGGUCCAGAUUCCAAUGCAGCCAUCCCACCUCAUUGCCACCCUGCUCUCACACCCGCUCCCCACAUGCCCGGCAAGAAGAAAGUACCUGUAUCACGGAUCCUGACGCUGGUCAAAUGGAUGUGCUCCACAACUUUGCUGGGCGUUGCGAGCUUUCUCCUCACUUUCCAAAUUCUUAUGGCUCUGUUCACAGGCUACUGCCUUCACGGACUCGUCUAUACAACUGAUCUGGUCUUUGUUUGCGUCAUCGCUGCUAUAGGAAGUGUCAUUGUUGCUGUAGGCUUCAUAGCAUGGCUUUUCACCACUGUGGCGCUUGCCAAUGAUUUUAUAGCCUGGUGCCUCGACCUCAAGCGCUGCAAGAUAGGGCGGGUCCAGGACUCAGCCUUAGCAGAUGUCAGAGACACAAGUUCACCACAGGAGCUGCCGAGGACGGGCUCGGAGGUCAUCCGCCACCAACGUGUUGAGCCUCCAACUACCACGCUACCGCCGUAUAUGGUAUGA